UAGCCACCAACUUUGUAGAGUUUUUUUUCUCUCUUUCUUAAGUAAAUAAUUAAUUACAGAUUAAAGAAAAUAAAAAAGUAGAGCUUCGUUUUUAAUGAUGUUUGACUUGAAAAAAAGAAAUAGUUUGACCUUGAGAGUCAACCGUGAGGUGGAGGAGUUCAGGCGCGUGGCGGUCCGACGGAGAGACAGAGCGACAGGUGACGGCCUUGUCCCAGAUGUGGACAGUGGAGUGUGUGGCUCAUACAGCUGUGGCCGUGCUUGUGACAGGUUUUCUGGAACAGAACCAUGUUCUGAACUUCAAACUAAGGAGGAUUGUGAAAACAGGCCAUUAAAGUCUCACGGGGCUCCUAAACCAGCUAACCUAAGGAGGUCGCAGAAGAUCGUACAAGAUCAAGCUUCCAAUUCUACCUCAGGAUCUGUAAAAUCACAACAAGUGAAAAGAAAAACCCAAGAGCAGACUUCCAACAGAGAUUGUGGAGUCUGUACUUCUUGCGUUAGCAUACAGUAUUGCAAGGGGUCUCCCAGUCCCAUAAAAGGUGGAGGAAGCAAUGUUUUGAACGCAGUGUCGGCGGCGCACCUCAGCCCAGGCAGUCAGACUCCAGGGUUCCCAAACCUAUCAAGCAGUUUGGUUUUAAGAUCCCCAAGUCCUGGCAAAAGAAGCAUUGAGGGCUGCAGUCCACUGAGAGAGGGAGGCCAUAGCCCUGCUAAGCUGUCCCCAAGAAGCCUUAGUCCGCUCAUGGGAAAACUGCGCACUCCAAGCCCAGUGCAGAAGAAGAUGGGCAGCUAUUCCCCUGCCAGGAGCUCCAAGUCAUGGUUGGGUCUGCACAGAAUCUCAAGCGAGAAGCUGGAAAGACGAGAGAAGAAAGCAGAGAAGUCUUUAAGCGUCCCUGAUCUAAUAAUCUACGUGGAUGAAAGCAGGAUCCCUGUUGAGAAAGCUGUUAGCUCUUCGGUAAAAACGCUGCAAUCAGCUAACUGUAACGGCCCCGGCGUCACCAACUAUAAACUAAAUGCCACAGAGAAUGGCACAGAACCUUCCCCUGGUAGGCAGCAAUGUGUGGAACAGAAGCAAGAAGAUCUAAUGGAAGCCAUGAUGGAUGAGGGCAAGGCACUCAGACCACGAGGUAGUAGGUAUUCCUGUGAGUGGAAUAAAGCAACCACAAGAGUGGAAGGAGUUCAACUGGUUUCAAAAGCUGAAAAUGAAGAAGAUCAAGAGAGAAUGAAUGAAAGUGGAGGAAGUGAGCCAAAAAAUGAAGAGGACAAAGAACAGAAAUUGUACAGCAUAGCUAAUGAACUCCUGCAGACAGAGAGGACAUAUGUGGCUCGUCUCCACCUUCUUGACCAGGUGUUCUGUUUACGUCUUACAGAAGAAGCUGAUCGUGGCUCAUUUCCUCCUGAGGUCGUAAAAAACAUUUUCUCCAACGUAUCGUCAAUCUACUCCUUCCACAGCCAGUUUCUUCUGCCUGAUCUGGAAAACUGCAUCAUGCACUGGAAUGAAAGCCCUGGUCUGGGUAAAGCUCUUCUUCAGCAUGCGCCUUUCCUGAGGAUGUAUGCCGACUACAUCAGGAACUUUGACCGAGCCAUAGAGCUGGUCAGGACCUGGACCGAACGCUCCUCUGCCUUCAGAAACAUCAUCCAUGACAUACAGAGUCAGGAAAUGUGUGGCAACCUGACCCUGCAGCACCACAUGCUGGAACCAGUGCAGAGGGUUCCACGUUACGAGCUGCUACUGAAGGAUUACCUGAAGAAGCUUCCUGAAGAUAGCCCAGAUUAUGAGCUGGCUAACAAAUCAUUGGAGGCUAUUUCCAUGGCAGCCACUCACUCAAACAGCGCCAUCCAAAAAGCCGAGAACCUGAAACGACUCCUGGAGAUUUAUGAGAUGGUUGGAGAGGAGGAAGUGGUCAACCCAACUAACGAGUUUCUCAAAGAAGGCCGGCUGCUUAAACUGGCUGCCAGGAACACAUCAGCCAUGGAAAGACAACUGUUUUUGUUCAACAACUUUGUGCUGUGCUGCUCUGCAAAGUUCAGCCUUGUUGGGCAGAGAUUUACGGUCCGCUGCAGGAUCGGAGUAGACGGCAUGCAAGCGCAACAGACAACCAAUGAAGACCACCCAUACACUUUCCAGGUCUCUGGUAAAGAGAAAACUCUGGAGCUACAGGCCAGCUCUGAGCAGGAGCGAGACGAGUGGAUAAGGGUGAUUCAGGAGGCCGUUGAUGUGUUUGAGAAGAAAAAUGAAAGCUUUAAAAUCGCUUCUAAGGAGCUCAAUGCAGAGCCUCUUAAGGAACUUGGUAGACGAGCCCCUCGCUGGAUCAGAGACAAUGAGGUGACCCUGUGUAUGACAUGUCAGGAGCCUUUCAACGCCCUAACCAGGAGAAGGCAUCACUGUCGAGCUUGUGGCUAUGUGGUGUGUUGGAAGUGUUCAGACAACAAAGUGGCUUUAGAGUACGAUGGAAACAGGCUGAACAAAGUGUGUAAAGCUUGUUACUCCAUCCUGGCCGGACAGAGAACUGAGAGAAUGGACCGAAAAAAGAGAAGAAUGGUGGAGUCUGAGGUCUAUCCAGGCUCUCAGGACAGUGUUUUGAGUGGGUUCCUGCAGUACGGGGACAGCUCAAUGAUUUGGCGACAAGCAUGGUGCGUUCUCACCAGGACCGAUCCUCCGUUUUUCCACAUUUAUAAUAACCCAGAGGAUGAAAAGCCCCUGCUUGCUUUGCCACUACUCAGCUGUGUGAUAGAGGAGCUGCAGGGUCAGAACAAUUUCUGCCUCAAACAGUCCAAAACCAACUACAUCUUCUCGUGUGACGACCCGGACGUGAAACAGAACUGGUUGACUGUACUUAAACUUGCUGUGAUGAGAAGUUUGUGAUCCAUAAUCUCUGGGAAAAUGAUCUAACGAGCAACAUGUACCUGAACAGAUAAAGGAAUAUUUGAAAUGAGAGCAAGAGGAGUGUUUUUAUUAAAAGUGGUUGUGUACUUUAUUUUCUGACAAUGAUUGAGAGUUAAAAAUAAAUAAAGGAAAAGGUGUUUUUAACAUGA